GAGGCUCCAGUUAGAGAAUGGGCAAAUCAGAAAGCCAAAUGGACAUCAUGGAGAAAUCCAGUAAACCUGGCAAACGUGGCUGGACGGUGGCAGAAAUUGGUCUAUCUGUGCUCCUGCUGCUGGUCAGCUGUGCCCUGGCCGGCCUGGUGGUCCUCUACACAUCCGCGUUGAAAGAACAAUCUCAGCAUUCGAGCGUUUCGCGGAGCUCAGCAGACAUGGGAGGUCAGCUGCGUCACUCCAAACUCGACACCGUGUGCACAACUGCAGACUGCGUUACAGCAGCGUCGCGGCUCCUGCAGAACAUGGAUGCGUCGGUGAAGCCCUGCGAUAACUUCUACCAGUACGCCUGCGGGGGCUGGCUGGAGCGCCACGUUAUCCCCGAGACCAGCUCGCGUCACAGCGUCUUUGACAUCCUCAGGGACAAACUGGAGAUUGUGCUCAAAGGUGCUUUGGAGACGCAGAGCGAACAAGACAGAGAUGCCAUCAAGAAAGCCAAAAUCCUUUACAGCUCCUGCUUGAAUGAGAGCCUCAUCGAGCAACGUGAUUCUCAGCCCCUCCUGAGGCUCAUCGACACUAUUGGCGACUGGCCUGUGACUUCUGAUGACUGGAACGCCACCUCUGAAGAAGAAUGGAACCUCGAGGACACUCUGGCCACAAUGACAUCUCGCUUUCACAAGAAGGCGCUACUGGACAUGUACGUGUGGACCGACGACCGGGAUUCUCGGCGCCAUAUUGUUUACAUUGACCAGCCAGGACUCGGGAUGCCUUCAAGAGAUUAUUAUUUCAAUGAUGGAAACUACAAAAAGGUUCGAGAGGCCUACCUCCACUUCAUGGUGGCCAUCGCCAAGAUGACACGGGAGGACAGGAAUCUGACACAGGACGAUGAACGCGUGUGGGAGGAAAUGAUGCAAGUGUUGGACCUGGAGACGGACAUUGCCAACGCCACGUUGCCGGCUGAGGAACGCCAGGAUGUCACUGUACUUUACAACAAGAUGACGCUGAACGAGCUGCAGAGCACAUUCAGCUUUAACGGGUUUAAUUGGAGACGGUUUAUUCAAGGCGUGCUAUCCAGCGUGUCUCUCGAUGUGGAGUUGGAAGAAGAAGUGGUGAUCUACGGCUCGCCUUACCUGGACAAGAUGAACGAAGUCCUCGCCAGACAUAGCGUUCGAACUAUGCAGAACUAUCUCACCUGGCAGCUGGUCAUUGACAGAAUUAACAGCUUGAGUCGUCGUUUCAAAGACGCCAGGGCCCGUUACAGGAAGACUCUGUAUGGAACAACAGUGGAGGAUGCCUGGUGGCGAGAAUGUGUUCGUUACGUCCAGAGCAGCAUGGAGAAUGCCGUCGGAGCGCUGUACGUACGUGAGACUUUUGCCGGAGAAAGCAAACGAAUGGUCAGCGAUCUCAUCGGGAAGAUCCAGACAGCGUAUGUAGAAACACUGGAGGAGCUAAGUUGGAUGGAUGCACCUUCCAAGGAGAAGGCCAGAGAGAAGGCCAUGGCCAUCAAAGAGCAUAUUGGCUAUCCGGAUCACAUUCUGCAGAAGAGUAACCAGAAGCUGGACCAAGAGUAUGCUCACUUGAAUUUUAGCGAGGAACACUACUUUGAGAACAUUCUGGAGAACCUCAAGUCUGAAGCCCACAAGAGUCUCAAAAAGCUCAGAGAGCCAGUGGAUCCCAACUUGUGGAUCAUCGGACCGGCCGUGGUGAAUGCUUUUUACUCUCCCAACAGAAAUCAGAUCGUGUUUCCCGCAGGCAUCCUGCAGCCACCUUUCUUCAGUAAAAAUCAACAGCAGGCUCUGAACUUUGGUGGAAUUGGAAUGAUUAUCGGUCACGAGAUCACACACGGAUUCGAUGACAACGGGCGUAGUUUCGACAAGGACGGCAACAUGCUCAACUGGUGGAGUAAUUACUCUGCGGAGCAUUUCAAGGAGCAGUCACAGUGCAUGGUACAGCAGUACGGCAAGUUCAACUGGAAGCUCGCGGGUGGACAAAAUGUAAGCGGAAUCAGCACUUUAGGGGAAAACAUUGCAGACAAUGGAGGGGUGCGGCAAGCCUACAAGGCUUACCUGAAGUGGGUGGAAACAGAAGGAGAAGAGCCUCGUCUACCCGGUUUAGACAUGGAUCACAAGCAGCUGUUCUUUCUUAACUUUGCCCAAGUUUGGUGCGGUGCAUAUCGGCCGGAAUAUGCCAGCCAGUCCAUCAAGACGGACUCUCACAGUCCGUUGGAAUACAGGGUUCUCGGUUCGCUGCAGAAUUUUGAAGCUUUCUCAAAAGCGUUCCAGUGCCAGAAAGGCAGUCCAAUGAACCCAGAGCAAAAGUGCCGCGUCUGGUAGAAAGUUUUACACUUCGUUUGUCAUAUUUCCUGUGACGGCGGGCUGAAAGGAGACACUGUUUUCAUGCUGACUGUCCUGCAAAAGGCUCAUUUAUUUGAGGUGACACCAUGUACUGAGGUCACUGUUCUCAUAUUUGCAACCGGUGACAUUGUGAGUUCGUGUCAUGGCUUGAAGGUCAACUCACGAAGCAACGCUAACAUUUUGUGUCAAGCAUUUUCUUCUGGGAAUUGUCCAUGCAAAUCUGGAGAGCAGAUCUUUGUGAUUAAUGUUUUCAUUUGAGCGCUGCAGAGUGAAUCACGGCACGCACUCGCAAAAGUAAUGGAAACAUCAGCGGCGACAAGAGAAUUAGUUCCGCCCAGUGAGUUUGCCUAAGUGCAGCAAAUUACCUGAGAGACUUAAGACUUCAGUCUUUGCAGCUUUUACCACAAAUUAACAUUCAAAAUGAGCUGCAGCUUUUAACGAUAAGUCAGCAAAUAUUUCAACUCUGCCUUUUCGGAAGCUUUCUGAGUGCUUCAGACAUACUUCAACUUUAGGGAGUAAUUGUAGUGAAUCAAAAUCGAAAGCACUAGAACAGUUCGAAGAAUCUGUCUGACCCAUGAUUGGUUUGAAUUUUAAUCGAUGGGUUGAGGGGAAAAAAAUCUAUUAAAAUGGUUAACAGUACAACUCAAACAUUUUCAUACAGUACAAGUACCCGUUUUAUGUAGUUAACUGUCAAUUGUAAGGUAAAAACAAUCACUGCUUAAAAGCAAGGUAGCAAACAGAAUUUCCGUUUGCCUUAUCAUAACUGAUUCACCACCAAAAAAAUGUCACACAAAACCUAGUUUUUGUUACGAUUGGGAGCAGGGCGUUGUGGAUUUCUUGACUAACUUGUGCUUUUAGUCAAAUUUUGAGUCGUCUGUGCAUGGACCUGUCGAGUUCUAAGAGUCUGUUGUGUAUUCAGGUUUGGUAACUGACUACUUUUUAAAUCGUAAAACAAGUGAAACAUUGAUUGUAGCCAAGAUGUCGUACAAAAAAAACAACAACAAAAAAAUAACAACUGCUACUACUACUUCAACAACAACAGCAAACAACAACUCUUGCGCUAGUUAUCGCAAGGAUGGCUUUUGGGGAUAAAUUUCCUCCCUGCCGUCAUUAACAUCCCUUGUCGCUUAUUAAUUGUUGAUUCACAUCAAAAAACAUCAACUACAAAGGACAACAAAAACAACUGCCUACGAUUAUAAAAAUGGUGUCACUAAAGACACCUGAACUGUACCAAUGUAUAGAAAAAAAAUGCUUUAUUCGAUUUUAAGUACCGCUUUUGGGGAUAAAGUCCCUUUGUCGUCAUUACCAUUUUCAUUGUUGGCUUAUCAUCGCCAAUUCCCAAAGAAAUGUCAAAGCAGCAUAAAAAAAUUAAGCAGACUAUGACUGUCUUGUUUAGUCCCGUUUUUGUUAGAACUGGGAUUGGGGAUUUCAAGAUUCUACUUUCCAAUCAUCCGUGUAUCCACUGUAUUAAAAUAUAUAAUAAUAGUAAUCAUAAUGGCAGUGUUUUUGAAGCACUGUUAGCAUCUUCUCUCUGCUUCAACUACUGCAUAUGAGAUGACAAGGCUACAUUUGUCAAAUUAGUACAACAAGACUAAGCUAAUACCUGACUCUUUGCCUUUCGGACACAAGCAAUUACACAUGAUGGGUGGAAUGAUCAGGCACAAGCCAGCAGAUGACGCUCAUAUUGAUUUAAUAGAGAUGAAAGGACCCCGAGGCCUUGUGACUGCCAAUAAGAACCUGGACGAAUGGCGCUGGGACUGUUAUUUUCUAUCUUUAUUAGCCAGUAAUGGAAGGAGAAUCAAAGCCGAGCAGAGGAGGAGGGGUGAGAGCGUGUAGAGUGGGGUGAUCAAUGUUGCUUCUGUGCUACAGAGAGCUUGCAAGCAAGUAAGAAAGAAAGAAGAAUGACAUUCAGGAUGCCUUGUGACCGUUUUAUCUGAAUGUGCUCUAUUCUACAAUAUAGGUAUUAGAUAUAAAUAGGUGUUAGUGUCUUUGUUUGAUGUUCUAUACAGCAUCACUUACAUAGAGACGCAUCAGGUUAUAUCCAAAUGGUGAAAGUGUGUUGUUAGGACCAGCCACAUACUUUUUUUUUUUUUUUGCUAUAGUAACACACAAUAUACAGUACCUCCAACGGAACUACAGUAUAUCUGAAAAUGUAAGAGGAAUUUAUUUAUCAUUUUAUGAGAUUGCAUUGUUGCUUUGCCAGAUAGAAAAAGGUAUCAUAAAAUCAUGUUUUAUGAAUGCUUGUGCUGUUGAUUUGAUUUCUACGACUGCUAUUUUUGUGAUGCUACUCUGUAACAAUUGCCAUUAAAGUGAAUGUCCCAACAAAA